AUUCAACAUGGCGAAUUGUUUGUAGUUUUACCUUUUAGUUCAUAUGCUUCAUUAUGGCUGAUAAAAGGCAGAAUAGUUUAUCAAAAGAAGAAAUAGCCAAGCAGUUUAUGCUGCCGGAAAGAAAGAGUAAGAUCGCAACGUUAUUGAAACAAGACGGUCAAGCAUAUUGUAUUUGUAGAAGCUCGGAUAGUUCCCGUUUUAUGAUAGGAUGUGAUGCAUGCGAGGAAUGGUACCAUGGUGAUUGCAUAAACAUAACUGAAAAAGAUGCAAAACAUAUUAAACAAUUUUUCUGUGUUCGUUGUAGAGAAGAAGAUUCAACUUUGAUAACACGAUACAAACCACGUAAAAUUGAGCAAGAUGACAGAAAACAUAAAAAGUAUAAGGAGAAGGAAGGAGGACAUCGAUACGAGUAUGAUGCACCUUGGGAUCCUAGAAUAGAGAAAAAAUCUUCCAAGCGUUGUGGGGAAUGUACGGGAUGUUUACGUACGGAAAAUUGUGGGAAAUGUGACGCCUGCAGACAUUUGAAGAAACAUGGACCUUCGGUACGAUUAAAGGUCAGAUGUAUCCAACGAACUUGCCGUGUACUGGGAGAUCCACUAAAACCUUCCAAAAGUUUUAACAAGGGAACAAAAUUGACUAAGAAGCGAAAGAGAGAUUCGAGUAAUGAAAGAAACGAAUAUCUGGAACCGCCGCGUCAUUGCUAUGGACCUGCAUGUACGAAGCAAUCGCGGCCCGGUAGCAAAUACUGCUCCGACGACUGUGGCUUAAAACUAGCGACGAGCAGGAUCUAUCAGGUGCUACCGCAACGGAUACAGGAAUGGUCCCUCACUGCAUGCAUUGCGGAGCAAAAUAAUAGGCGCGCUCUGGAAUCCGUGAGGAAACAGCAACAUGAUGUUCGUAGAAUACUUCAAGAGCUGGAAAAAAGACACGUUGAAUUAGAUCGUAUCGUUGAACGUGCAAAACACGCGAUCAUCGAUCCGCAAGCCGAGGUGGACGAUAAUGAUGAUACGGAAAGUAGCAUGUAUUGUAUCACGUGCGGUCACGAAAUCCAUUCGAGAACUGCCGUUAAACAUAUGGAAAAAUGUUUCAAUAAGUACGAAUCUCAAGCAUCUUUCGGCUCAAUUUUCAAGACGCGCAUUGAGGGUCAAGUGAUGUUCUGCGAUUUUUAUAAUCCUGUGAACAGAACCUAUUGCAAAAGAUUACGUGUUCUCUGCCCGGAGCACUGCAAAGAUCCCAAGAUUGGCGACAGUGAAGUGUGCGGUUGUCCGUUAGUUACGAAUGUGUUCAACGUCACGGGCGAAUUUUGUCGCGCGCCUAAGAAGAAUUGCGUGAAGCACUACAUGUGGGAAAAACUGCGACGUGCGGAGAUCGAUAUGGAGAGGGUGAGGCAAUGGCUGAAGAUUGAUGAACUCGUAGAACAAGAAAGGCAAAUACGAUCAAAUAUGGCGACACGAGCCGGUGUAUUAGCUCUUAUGUUGCAUUCUACUUACAAUCACGAGUUAAUGGAACAGAUGACGCAAGAACAGAGCAGGGAACAAUUACAGGCGAUGGAGGAGGAGCUACAGAGGAGAUAUGGUUUACGGGAUAUAAAGGAAUAAUGUAUGAAGCCAAUGUGAUAGCCUUUCCCUACUUCAUAUUCUUCAUGAUUCGACUGCAAUAUUAUAUGUUUUAAACCAAUUUUAUAUAUAAGAAAACGAUCAUGGUAUA